UUUCUAUUAGAUAGUGAAGAAUGAUGUACAUACAGCAUAUGGAGUAAGAUCAGGUUCUCUAAAGGUUUGAUCUGCAAGGAUGACGGAGGAGCAGGGGGGAGAGUAUUCCCACUUCUACGGAGAAGAACCAGAGAAAACCUCAUGGUUGGGACGAAAGAUCAAGCGACGGUAUGUGGUCGCUAUGCUCGCGUUUCUGGGUUUCUGCAACAUCUACAUGCUCAGGGUCAACCUAAGUGUAGCUGUGGUAGCUAUGACUACCAAUAAAACCCAUGUUUAUCCCAACGGAACUGUUUAUGAGGCCCCGGAUUUUGAUUGGGACUCUAAAACUCAAGGAUUUAUCUUGGCCAGCUUUUUCUACGGAUAUAUUUUCACCCAGAUACCUGGGGGGUACUUGGCUACCAGGUAUGGAGGGAAGAGAAUAUUUCUCUGGGGAGUGACUACAACUGCUAUUCUAACGGUGCUAACCCCACCCCUUGCAAGGAUGCAUACCUCCCUGCUAAUUGGAACUAGGAUAAUUGCUGGACUUUGUGAGGGAGUAACCUACCCUUCAAUCCAUGCUAUCUGGUCACGCUGGGCUCCACCCCUGGAACAAAGCAGAAUUACAGCAUUUGCAUUUUCAGGAAUCUACAUGGGUACAGUGAUAACCAUGCCCUUGGCUGGAGUGCUAGCGGAGUAUAUUGGAUGGGACGCAAUCUUCUAUGUUUUUGGUUGUAUAGCCCUGAUCUGGUGUGUUGUCUGGUGGGCUGUUGUAGAGGAUUCCCCGGACCAGGACAGAAGCAUCACCGACGCUGAGCUGGAAUACCUUAGGAACACUAUCGGAGUCACCACCAAGGAGGCUGGCAUGAACCCACCAUGGGGCGCCAUGUUUUCUAGCAAACCGGUUUGGGCAAUCAUCAUUGCCCAUUUCACUGAAAACUGGGGAUUUUACACACUGCUUACCAGUCUUCCAAUGUUUAUGAGGGAUGUUCUGGACUAUUCUCUAGAUGCCGCGGGUCUAAUGGCUGCUUUCCCUUACAUUCUCAUGACUAUUGUUGUCCAGAUUGCUGGUUAUUUUGCGGACACAUUCCGUGCAAACGGAAAGAUGACAACAACGCACAUCAGGAAACUGUUCACAUGCGGCGCAUACAUGGGUCAGAGUAUGUUUAUGCUUUUAACUGCUCUGGUGAUGUCCCGGGCAUUCUCUACAGUAUUUAUGUCUCUGGCUCUAGGACUAGGAGGACUAACAUGGGCAGGGUUCGGAGUUAAUCAUCUUGAUGUAGCUCCUAACUAUGCUGCUAUACUUAUGGGAAUAUCUAACACUGUUGGUACUAUUCCUGGAAUACUUAGUCCAGCUGUAACUGGAGCUAUUGUCAAAGAUCGGACUGCAGAUGAGUGGAGAAAUGUAUUCCUGAUCACCUCCUUGAUCUACUUCCUGGGAGCAGUGAUGUACGGGUUGAUGGCUAGCGGGGAGAAACAGGACUGGGCUGACCCACAGGAACCUCUCAUAGAUUCAGAAAAGGAAAAGAUUGAGGAUUACGGGACAGUAGAUGAUACUCAGUAUGAAAAGGAGGAGUAUUAUGAAGAAGAAGAUUAUUACGAAGAACCUGCUGAAGCGGAAUAGAAUCAUAGAGAAAUUUUGAAAAAAAAAACAAUUUGAAAAAACAUCAAGAAGAUACAAAUACAAAUAUAUCUUUUUCAAUCAAA